UCUUAUCAUGUCUCCUUCCAACUCCGACUGCUUCUUCUGGGUACAUUAGAUCAGAUUGUCCCAAACCUCUUGCUGAAAAAAGAUCUGUUGAAAAGUACAUGAGAUUUGGCAAAAUGCCGCUCUUCUCAUCAUGGAUCAAAGUUGUUUUCAUCAUCAUCUUGGCAUUUCCUCUUUUUUCUGAAACGGUUCUUGCAUCCAUAUCACAAUUAGACAAACAGCCAGACUGCAAGAAGUUUGAAAAUCGACUAUUUAUGUGCACCAGAGAAAUGCGUCCAGUCUGCGGCACUAAUGGCAAAACUUACAGCAAUGAAUGCAUUUUCUGCAGUAGUAUGUUAACAAGUGAAGUUAAAUUUGGAUUUGCUCAUUGGGGUAAAUGCAGAGCUUCUGGCUGA